UAGAGAGAGAGAGAGAGAGAGCAGAUCGCGGGACUGAGAACCGUAUCGACGGCGAACAAUCACCAUGGUCCACGUCUCCUUCUAUCGAAACUAUGGGAAGACUUUUAAGAAGCCUCGCCGUCCUUAUGAGAAGGAGCGAUUGGAUGCUGAACUGAAGCUUGUGGGAGAGUAUGGGCUCCGGUGCAAGAGGGAGCUCUGGAGGGUUCAGUAUGCUCUGAGCCGCAUUCGUAAUAAUGCCAGAAUGCUUCUGACCCUUGAUGAGAAGGACCCUCGUAGGAUUUUUGAGGGUGAAGCCCUACUUAGGAGGAUGAACAGGUAUGGACUGCUGGAUGAAAGCCAGAACAAGCUCGAUUACGUGUUGGCCCUCACUGUUGAGAACUUCCUUGAGCGGCGCCUCCAAACACUCGUGUUUAAGACUGGAAUGGCAAAGUCGAUCCAUCAUGCUAGAGUGCUCAUUAGACAGAGGCAUAUCAGGGUUGGGAGGCAGGUAGUCAAUGUUGCCUCAUUUAUGGUGAGAGUGGACUCACAGAAGCAUAUUGAUUUCUCGCUUACAAGUCCUUUUGGUGGUGGUCGUCCUGGUAGAGUGAAGCGAAAGAACACAAAGGCAGCUGCUAAGAAGGCUGCUGGUGGAGAUGGAGAUGAAGAGGAUGAAGAAUGAGUCCUUGUGUUCUGUGUAGUUCGUGAAGGUAAUAUUAGGAAUGAUGGCCCAGAGUUUGUCUUCACCUCCAGAGUACUUUUUUUUCCAUUAAAUUGUUGUUGGUCUCUUUGACAACCUUCAUUUGUAGGAAAUUUUGGAUGCCUUCAUGCUUAUGCUUUUUUGACUAUCAUUCAGAAAGAUGUUCUUAUUUGAUUUGGUAACCUGUUGUUGUACAAGAUUUGGUAUUCUUGGGUUUCUAUAGAUGAUGGGGCAAUCUUUGCG